AUGGACUCUAAAUUUGCGUUUGCAUUUCUGCUGUUCUACUUCCUCAUGUCCUCUCAUUCUGUCAUAUCUCAGACAAGUGGUAAAGUUAACAUCGGCGAAUCCCUUGUUGCCAUGGAUCAGAAUCUUUCUUGGCUUUCUCCUUCCAAAGAUUUUGCAUUUGGAUUCCGCCAACUAAAUGACAAUGAUGAUUUCUUCUUGCUUGCCAUAUGGUAUUACAAAAUACCUGACGGAGACAUAGUUUGGUAUGCAAAGGGAGGAAACCCUGCACAGAGAGGAUCGAAGGUUGAGCUAACUGCUGACCGUGGGCUAGUACUGAAAGAUCCUCAAGGCACAGAGAUAUGGCAAUCGGAUUUCGGCACAGGUAGAGUCGCGUAUGGUGUGAUGAAUGAUACAGGCAACUUUGUGCUUGUCAAUAUAAACUCUGAAUCUCCAGCAUUAUGGGAGAGCUUUAGCCAUCCAACCGACACCUUGUUGCCUACUCAGGCAAUGAAGAUAGAAGGGAUUCUUUCUUCUAGGAAAUCAGCAACCAACUUCUCUCAAGGAAGAUUCCAGUUCAGAUUGCUCAGAGAUGGAAAUGCAGUUCUCAAUGCAAUAAACCUGCCCUCCAAUUACACAUAUGAUGCAUACUAUAUCAGUGGUACUUUUGAUCCUGAAAAUUCAUCAAAUUCUGGUGUCCAAGUGGUCUUAGGCGAGUCAGGCAACUUGUACGUACUAAGAAGAAACGAUGAAAGGUUCUAUCUUACACCACAGGAUAUAGCUCCGGUGAAGGAUUAUUAUCACAAAGCAACCCUCAAUUUUGAUGGAGUCUUCACAAUAUCUCAGCAUCCAAAGAAUUCCUCGAGUAACGAGACCUGGAGAGUCAUUAAGACCAUACCAGAAAACAUUUGUUUCUUGAUCUUUGGAAAAGAGGGGAGUGGGGUUUGUGGCUUUAACAAUGUCUGCAAACUCAAGAAUGAUCAAAGGCCAACCUGUGAAUGCCCACCCAGUUACUCAUUACUCGACCCAGAUGAUAAAUACGGAAGCUGCAAACCUGAUUUCAUUCAGGGCUGUGAAGAAGAUGGGCAGAGUCCUCAGGAAGAUUUAUACACUUUGAAGGACAUGCCAAACACUGACUGGCCAACAUCUGAUUAUGAGAUAUUUAAGCCUUAUAGUCCAGCAGACUGCAGAGAGUCUUGUCUGCAGGAUUGUUUAUGUGCUGUGGCUGUGUCAAGAGGAGAUGGCUGUUGGAAGAAGAGGUUACCUCUCUCGAAUGGGAGAGAAGAUAGAGCAGUUACUAGUCUGGCUUUUCUUAAAGUAAGAAAAGCUAAUGCCACAUUGCACAACCCUCGUUUGCCUCCAAAUGCAGAGAAGAACCAAGAUAAUUUGAUCGUUGUUGUAUCAGUCUUCUUGGGUGGCUCAGUGAUUGUCAUCUUCUUAUUGUCUGGUCUCUUAUGUUUAGGAUCUUUCCUCUAUCACAAGAAGCACACAGAAAACCACCAACAAGAAAGGUCCAUGGGAAUGAAUUUGCGGUGUUUGACCUAUGAAGAGCUCGAGGAUGCUACAAAUGGAUUUAAUGAAGAACUGGGAAGAGGAUCUUUCGGCGUUGUAUAUAAAGGUGUAAUAGGAACUGGUUCCACAGUCCCUGUUGCUGUUGCAGUCAAGAAGUUAGACAGAUUAGUUGAAGACGGCAAUGAGGAAUUCGAAACUGAAGUCAAAGUGAUUGGCCAAACACAUCAUAAGAAUCUUGUUCGACUGCAAGGGUAUUGUAAUGAAGGACGGAACAGGUUGCUGGUUUAUGAGUUCUUGAGCAAUGGUAGUUUGGCAAGCUUACUCUUUGGAGACUUGAAACCAAGUUGGCAACAGAGGACCCAAAUUGCCAUGGGGAUUGGGAAAGGCCUCUUGUACUUGCAUGAAGAAUGCAGCACCCAAAUCAUCCACUGCGACAUAAAGCCACAAAACAUACUUCUUGAUGGCUCCUACAAUGCUCGGAUUUCCGACUUCGGAUUAGCAAAGAUUUUGAUGCUCAAUCAAACACAUACAAAAACCAACAUCAGAGGCACAAAAGGGUAUGUUGCACCUGAAUGGUUCAGGUCUAUGCCAAUCACCGUAAAGGUUGAUGUGUACAGUUUUGGAGUCAUGCUGCUCGAGAUCAUUUCUUGUCGAAGAAGUGUUGAUAUUGAAAUUGGUGAGAAUGACAGAGAAAUUCUAACAUACUGGGCUUACGAUUGCUUUCUCGGAGGCAAAAUUGAUGCUUUAGUUGAGGACGAUCCAGAGGCCUUAAGUGAUAUGAAAAGGCUAGAGAGGUAUGUGAUGAUUGCCCUUUGGUGCAUUCAGGAAGACCCCUCUCUGAGGCCUACCAUGAAAAAGGUUAUGCUGAUGCUUGAAGGAAUUGUUCAAGUUACCGUCCCACCAUGUCCGUGUCCAUUCAAUAGCACGAUAAGCUAA